UUUCUCCUGCUAUUGUAACAAAUUUUCGUUGGUGUGUUCAUUUUAGGCGCAAUACAAUCGUCUAUGACAGAUUGAAUACAUUAAAACCUUUAUACAGACCCCACAGUUGUCGCAUACAGAUCGAAAAUUGGUAUGUGAGGAAAACGUUGUUUAGAGUGGCUAAGCACCCCAAAACGCACCUCGUUCACCCACCCGUGUUCAUGUGACAACACACCUGUCUUUAAUGAAUCUUAAUGGCGUCCAUGGAGAUAAAGGACAUUUAAAUGACUUCAUCUGUCCAGCUGUGUAGGUUGAACAAACAAAAUGGCAACGUACGGCGACGAGCCAGUCGAUAGCUAUUUCUAUUCAUCUUACAACCCUUAUUACGCGAGCAGGUACCGGCCCAAAGACGCAUCGUGGAAGUACAAAAGUUACCUGUCUCACUAUGGCGACUCAUCGGAAGCCUUCAACAACCAGCAGCGCGCUCAGCUCAAGUCCAUCCUGUCGCAGAUCAACCCCAAGCUCACGCCUAGGCUCCGCAAGGCCAAUACCAAGGACGUGGCAGUGCAGGUGAACCCCAAGAGGGACGCCUCGGUGCAGUGCUCGAUCGGGCCGCGCACUCUCGUCGCCUUGAAGCGAGACGUCCGGCGCAAGAAGGCAUCAGAGGGGUCCUCGACCACUGACGAGAGUGGUAGCCCCAAGGCGGCGGUUCGAUACCCGCGGACCUUGGCGCUGUACUCCCCCAUAGCCUACCGGAACAUCACGUACUUCCUGGCGGAGGACAAGGACUCUCCGUCCGGGGAGGCUCUGGUUAAGCGGGCAGAGGAGGUCGAAGAAGCUGUCAGGGUGGACGCCCGGAAGGACGAGGCCGAGCAGGUAGAGUUCAAACGGAACAGCGAGGAGGCACGGCCCGCCGAAGAGGGGUCAAAGGGCAAAGUCAUGGAGGAGGGGUCAAAGGGCAAAGCACGCGUACGGUUCCAGUUUCUGGAGCAGAAGUACGGCUAUUAUCACUGCAGAGAAUGCAAUCUGAGGUGGGAGAGUGCCUACGUGUGGUGCGUUCAGGGCACCAACAAGGUUUACUUCAAACAGUAUUGCAGGAAAUGCCAAAAGGAGUUCAAUCCGUACCGGGUGGAGGACAUCACCUGUCACACCUGCAACAAAGCCCGCUGCUGCUGCUCUGUGACGCAGCGCCACGUGGACCCCAAACGGCCGCACCGCCAGGACUUGUGUGGCCGUUGCAAAGGCAAGCGACUCUCCUGCGACAGCACAUUCAGCUUCAAGUACAUCAUAUGAGCCAUACUUGAACUUUGGGGCCAAACCGCAACACUCGGCAAAUUUAUAUUGUUUCAGUGCUUUUGUUUCACGUUUUGUUGCAGACACUGAUGGCAUCACCAGUAAUAAAAUGGCUACUUUGCACUCCUUGGAGGCAUAAGUCCAUUACUUUCAGCUGGGUGGUUAGAAAUGUGCCGUGGUAGACGACCUAUCCCACUAUGCACGGAUGCAAUCUGUGCCAUUCAACAGCUCAAUUGAAACUUAUGUCUUAAAAAAUGUUAAUCAAAAUGUAAAUUGAUACCAAUUUGUCACGUUAUUUUUGGAAAACUCCCGAGAGGGGAUGCUGCUCCGCUUACAUGUUGUAAUUAAUCUUAA